GAAGUCUAAGAAGUUGAGUGGAGUUGUGUUGAGUUUCACCGGAGCCUCCUCUUCCUCCUCCUCCUCCUCCUCCUGGCUCUGGUUACCUGUGGAGAAACCCAGGACGGGACAGGGUGCGGAGGUUGUUAUCAGUUCUGUGGAAAUGUGACGUCCAAUCAGAAGGGGGCGUGAUCCUGGACAGAGGUGAAUCAGGUGAGGCAGAGAAGUGAAGGGAGAGAGAGUGAGAGAGGAUUAAACCAACACUACGGCAGAUUAAAAACAGCCCAUGAGCCGCGAGGAGACGUUCGGACGAGAACAACCGAGCCCUGGUUCUUCAGGAUGAAGACGAACCUCCUCCCGCGACGACCCUGAGCCGAGCGGGACGGGAACCUGGACCCGUGGGACGGGGUCAUGUUCGUCCUGUGCACCCUGGCGCUGCUCACCCUCCACAGCCUCUUCAAGAGGCGCAGCAAGGCCGCGGAGCCCGGCGGGCCGGCGGAGGCUGCGGGGCGGAGAGGUGGUCCGGGGGACGGGGGUGUGGCCGAGCCCCGCGAAGCGAACGGGACUCAGGGUCGUGGACACGAGUCGCUGAGGACGGUGGAUCAGAGAGGACCGACGAGCUGCAGGGCGGGAGGGAGGAGGAGGCGAGGAGGAGGAGGAGGCGCUCGCUACGUCUCCGACAGCAGGAGACGAGUUCAGCCGGUCCGGCGGUCCAGCGCUCUGCUAAGCCCGGCGGUCAUGUUCGGCACAAGAAAGACCUGGGACCUCGGCCACGUUCCCUGCCUGCAGGAGCUCUGGAAGCAAGACAUCUCAUUGGACGCGAGCUCAGUGGACUUCCUGAUGAGUGAUGGUGAAGACGACGGCUCCUUCCUGUCUCUGCCCACCGCCGCCUUCUCACAGCGCCCCUCUCUGACCGCGGAGCUGACCGAAACAAACGCGCCCAGCCAGCAGCUGAUCAUCCAGACUCUACAGGACAAAGUGUGCGAGUUUCAGACUCGUCUUCGCUCUGAGGAAGUCGCUCGUCACCUUCUGCUCCAGCAGCUUCAGCAGCAGAGCACCCAGGAGAAGUCGUGUGGUGGAGGAGGAGGAGGAGGAGGAGGAGGAGGAGGCGUCGUCCAGGCAACGCAGCAGAAGGAGGCGGAGCAGCCGCCAGCCAACGUUCGACUUUCAGAUCGUCUCAGCUGUCCAGAAGAAGAGCAGCUGGUCACUCGGCUGCGCACACAGGUGGAGGAGCUGGAGGAGAAGCUGUUGGAUCAGACUCAGGAGGUGGAGAGACUUCGCUCUGAACUGGGGGCGACGGACGUGGAGAAGCAGCUGGAGCUGCUGGAGGUGGAGAACGAGCGUCUGAAGCAGGAGCUGAAGUCAUGGAGGAGCUCAGAGCUUCAGAAGCUCGACGCUGCAGCCGAGACUUGCAGCUGCAGCCACUGCCCUCUCAGCCAGCAGGUGGAGUCCCUGCGGCGGGAGGCGUCCCGCUGGGAGAACCAGGCCCGGCACAGGGAGCGGCGGCUGGCUGAGCUGGAGCGAGAGCUGCUGGAGAAGAGCUCCAGGGUGGAGGCUGUCCGCCGACAGCUGGACGACUCCACCCGGCAGCUGGAGGAGUCGAGGCGGAGGCAGGGCGAGGCCGAGCAGAAGCUCGCCCUGCGCCUGACGGAGUGUGAGCAGGAGCUGGCCCGACAGGCGGCAGCGCCCCCCAGAGUCAAGUACGUGACUCAGACGGUGGCGGUGGAGUCGGCUGACUCGCAGAAAGCUCUGGCCGAGAUGCAGACGAAGAACGCCGCCCUGCAGGAGCAGCUGUUGGUCCAGAGGCAGCUGCUGAGGGAGCUGGAGACGCAGCUGCACGAGUCGCAGAGAACCUGCGCUCAGCUCAGGACGCAGAUCCUGGUGUACGAGGGGGAGAUGGAGCGAGCGCAGGGUCAGCUGGAGGUGGAGAUGCAGAACCUGGAGGAGGAGAAGAACCGAGUGAUCGAGGAGGCGUUCGUCCGAGCGGAGAGCGAGAUGAAGGCGGUCCACGAGAACCUGGCAGGGGUACGUAUGAACCUGCUGAGUCUGCAGCCGGCGCUCAGGACGCUCACCUGCGACUACAACUGUCUGAAGCGGCAGGUGCAGGAGUUUCCCUUCAUGCUGGACAAAGCCAUCGGCGAAGCCAAGCAGGAGAUCUGUCAGGUGAUCAGUGAGGUGAGCGGCGCGAACCAGGAGCUGCUGCGUAAAUACAAACGUGAGAUGAACCUGAGGAAGAAAUGUCACAACGAGCUCGUUCGACUCCGAGGCAACAUCCGUGUUUUCUGCCGCGUGCGGCCCGUCAGUCAGGAGGAGCAGGACGCCGCCAACGACGCCAAAACCAUGCUGAGCUUCGACUCGGAUGACGACGCCGUCCUCCACCUCUCCAGCAAGGGCAAGGUCAUGACCUUUGAACUGGACAAGGUCUUCCCCCCUCAGGCCACACAGGAGGAGGUGUUUCAGGAAGUGCAGUCUCUGGUCACUUCCUGUAUCGACGGCUUUAACGUCUGCAUCUUCGCCUACGGACAGACGGGCUCCGGGAAGACGUACACCAUGGAGGGCGUCGUGGACAACCCGGGCAUCAACCAGCGGGCGCUGCGCCUGCUCUUCUCCGAGGUGACGGACAAAGCUCCGGACUGGGACUACAAGAUCACCGUCAGCAUGGUGGAGAUCUACAACGAGACACUGCGGAACCUGCUGGGCGAGAAUCCCACUGACAAGCUGGACAUCAAGAUGAACCCCGACGGCAGCGGACAGCUCUACGUCCCGGGACUGAGCGAGUUCACCGUGCAGAGUCCGGAGGACAUCAACAGGGUGUUUGAGUUGGGUCACAUGAACCGAGCGACGGCCUGCACCAACCUGAACGAACACAGCUCUCGCUCACAUGCUCUGCUCAUCAUCACUGUGUGUGGGUUCAACUCGGCCACCGGGAACCGCACGCAAGGUAAGCUGAACCUGGUGGACCUGGCGGGCUCGGAGAGGAUCGGCAAGUCGGGAGCGGAGGGCAGUCGCCUGCGAGAGGCUCAGUGCAUCAACAAGUCGCUGUCGGCGCUCGGCGACGUGAUCAACGCGCUGCGGAGCAAACACUCGCACGUCCCGUUCAGGAACUCCCGCCUCACCUACCUGCUGCAGGACUCCCUGAGCGGGGACAGCAAGACCCUGAUGAUGGUGCAGGUUUCUCCGUUGCCGAGCAACAUGAGCGAGUCCGUCUGCUCGCUGAAGUUCGCUCAGCGCGUUCGCAGCGUGGAGCUCAGCUCGUCGUCGUCGUCACGGCGACAGGAGAACUCAUCCACAUCGUCCUCGCCGACACACGACAGCGUCGAGCUGGACUCCCCCCCGGUGACCCCGCUCCCUCUCCCCAUCUCUCGGGCCAGCAGCGCCGGCUCCACCCUGUCCUCCGCCUCCAGGACGCCCAGCGGCUCCCGCAGGAGGUCCCAGUCGCAGCUGUCCACAGACAGACAGGUAGACAGAGCCGGCCCAUUGGUGGGGGACGGUGGGCAGGACGACUGAAGAUGACGGCCUGAGAGAACCUGCAGACUUUGGGACGUCCCGGGUCGUCGGCCAACACCCUGAGGACCUGACCUACUGGGACACGACCUCCACGACCUCCACGACCUCCGCCCCCCGUCCCCCACACCCCAUCCCACAGCUGGAGGACAGACGAAGGAGCAAAGACUUUACUGAAGUUUCAAAAAUCCUCAGACUCUUUUUCUUUUUCAGCAGAAAAAACAAAACGGCCAAAAUGAUUUCCCCUUCGAGUCGUCGUCCUGCGACGCGACGAACAUUCUCAGACUGAAUCAAGUGAAAAUCGACACCGUCUCAAAACCAGUAUUUUCUUUCUAAUCACAGUAUUUCUUUUAUUGUUCCUUUUGUAAAAAUUGCACUUUAAAAACAAAGAAUCUCGGUUAUUUUCUAUCCCACGAUUCCAGAUGUGGCCGAUUAUAAUAUAUAUGCAUAAUAUGGUUCUAUAUUUAUGUUUGACAUGCUUUAAUCUUUUAUUUAGAAUUUAUUCUGUUUCUUUUUGACGGACCAACUUGGGCCACACGUCAAUUGAGGUUAAUCUUAAAGAAAGAAAAUUAAGAUGAAUCUCAUUGUCACGUCUCCGCCCUCACGGUCCUUUCCUCCAAUCAGGGUACUCCACUGAUACCGAGCUGUCCUAUUGGACUAGAGCAAUACAAGGAAACGGUCGCCUGUGAACAAGCUUGCUGUUUGUUUUUUUUGAUCUUCUGCAUUUUCCUGUGGAUGAUUUUUUGGGGGAGAGCGAAAGACGAAUCUCCAUGAAACUAAAAAAAGACUCAGCUCCUCUUCACUGUCCCGCGACUGACAGAACCAUUCGUUGUAGUUUGUAGUGAAACAGAAGAAAUGCUUAUAAUCGCCGCGUGUGUGUGUGUGUGUGUGUGUGUGUGUGUGUGUGUGUGUGUGUGUGUGUGUGUGUGUGUGUGUGUGUGUGUGUGUGUGUGUGUGUGUGUGUGUGUGUGUGUGUGUGUGUGUGUGUGUGUGUGUGUGUGUGUGUGUGUGUGUGUGUGUGUGUGUGUGUGUGUGUGUGUGUGUGUGUGUGUGUGUGUGUGUGUGUGUGUGGAGCUGAUGAUGAUCAACGUGUCGCCUGCUUUGUCUCCGCUGUAGAAACCUACAGUUUGGAUUUUUUUUUGUAUUCCCUUUUUAAAUAAACUCUCCGAAAACAAACAAA